AUGGACGCCUUCGCGGCGGAGAUGGACAAGCUCUGCAACAUCGACAAGCUCGACGCCCGGAUCCAGCAGGAGAUGGACCGGUGCGCCGAGAACAGCUCCGACGCGCCGCCGCCGCCGCCGCCCGGCGCCGUCCGCGCGCGGAGCGAGUCGCCGGGCCUGUCCCCGCGGAGCCCGUCCUUCGCCGGGCGGCGCCUGAGCGAGAUGACGGAGGACGACGAGGGCCUCGUCUUCCUGGACCCGACGAGCGACCUGUCCCUGGACGAGCAAUUAGCGUUCGCCGACGAGUUCCUCCCCGGCCACCGCGCGCGGCGGCGGAGCGGCGCGCGCGGGGGCGGCGACGCGGCGGACUCGCCGCGCGGCGACGCGGCGCUGCUGGGCCGGUCCAUCGACGACCUGAUCGCGGAGACGGACCCGGAGAAGCAGCGGCGCGUGCUCGAGGCGCUCGGGAGGCGCCGGGCCGCGGUCGCGGCGUCCCGGGAGGAGACGCGCGAGACGCUCGCCGCGCUGCGGCGCGAACUGGAGCGCGGCGACGUCGAGGCGGAGAUCGACCAGCAGGAGGCCGAGGCCGCGGCGCUCGAGGCGCUCGUGGCGCUCCGCGCGUCCGAGGCGGCCGCCGCGCGGCGGUGCCGCGACGACGCCAUCGGCGAGACCUACCUCCUGCGCCACCGCGUCGCCGACGAGGAGCGCGAGGCGACGGAGACCCGCGCGGCCGACGAGGCCCGGGUGGCCAAGGAAUUGGAGCUCGCGACGAUGGACCUCGAGCGGCUCGAGGCCGAGUCCGCGAAGCUCGACGCGGAGUGCGAGGCCCUCCAGCGCAACGAGGUGGACCUCAAGCUCGACCUCGCCAUCGCCUCCGAGCGCGCCGAGGAGAUCAAGGACCAGCUCGCCGCCGCGCGCGCCUACAGCCAGAAGCUCAAGGACCAGCUCAUGCACCGCGGCGUCAUGCCCUGCACGUCGCCGGGGCCCGCGGGCCACGGCGCCCGGGCGACGUCCUUCAACGCGCUGCUCACGAGGUUCCGCGCGGAGCUAACCAUGGCCGACGAGGGCAAGUACGACGAGAGCGCCUACUACGACGAGGGCAAGUACGACGAGACCCAGUACGACGCGGCGCAGCCCUACGACGCCGCCUACGACGACCAGUACUACGCCCAGCAGCAGCCCUACGACGAGUCGCAGCAGCCCUACGACGAGUCGCAGCAGCCCUACGACGAGUCGCAGCAGCCCUACGACGCGUCGCAGGCCUACGCCUACGACGAGCAGCAGCCCUACGCGCCGCAGCAGGCGUUCCCGCUCGGGUCCGCGGCGCCGCCGGGCUACGUCGGCUACUGGGACGAGACGCGCGGCGAGAUGUACGCGUUCCACGAGGCCUCCGGCGAGUGCGCCUACGGCGUCGGCCCCGACGGCGACGUCUACGCGCUGGACUACCGGAGCGUCAUGUGGUGCCCCGGGUCCGGCGAGGACGCGACGCUGGCGCUGCAGGCGUCCGCGGCCGAGCGGACCUCAUCGAGCCAGGGGAGCCGGCGGCGGUCCGUCGCGGGCUCCGUGAAGACGCUGCGCUUGAAGGACGCGGCCGUCGUCGUCCAGGCGGCGCACCGCCGGUCGCUCGGCUGGGCCAAGGCCGCCGCGCGCGUCCGCAAGCAGUUCUGCCGCCGCUACGACUUCGAGAGCGGCUUCUACUACUACGAGCGCAUCAAGGGCGGCGAGACGCAGUGGCACCGGCCCGCGGUGCUCCUGGGCACGCGGCGGCGGCGCGGCCUCGGCGCGACCCACGACGACGUCGCGCUCGUCGGCGACCAACCGGGCGGCGAGGUCGCCGAGUACGCGGGCGGCGACUGGGAGCUCGGCGGCGGCGAGCUCGGUGAGUACUACGCGCGCGGCGGCGGUGAGACCAAGGACAACUCGUGGAUCCUGGAGGGGCCCUACUGCGCGCGGACGGGCCGGGGCAAGCGCACGGCGUUCGCGAUCAACCGCCUGCCGCCGCAGUCGCAGACGCUCCGGGGGAAGAGCUCCGUGGACAAGGACACGCCGUUGUUCCUCGACAACACGGAGAUCGACCCCCAGGAGUGGAGUUUGGGCGACGAGGUCCAGGUCUUCGACGGCAUCGUGCUCAAGCGGGUCAUGGUCGAGCCCUACAUGCUCGCGCGCGGCGCGGUCGCCAUCGGGCCGACGGAGGUCGUGCGGCUCAUGCAGCGGUCCGCGCGGCGGCCCCAGGUGUUGUACUUUUGUUUGGUGGCCAUCGCCAAGUUCGAGCUCCACGAGACGGAGAUGGGCCUGUGCUCCGCGGACGCCAAGGCGUGUAUCUUACAAACUUUGAAGGUGCUGAACAAGUACCCGAAGAUCCCGGCCCUCGUCGGCCAGUGCCUCGGGAGUCUCGUUUCGUUGGCGGACAACUACGCGCACCGGUCCGUGAUCCUCAAGGAGGAGUGGGCGCGUUUGGUCGUCUCCGCGGUGAACAACCUGACGACGGAGUCGCAGGAGGUCAUCGUCCACCACGCCGACGGCAACGAGAAGGUCGUCGUGCGCACGGCGACGCGCCAGUCCUGCGACAUCGCCGCCAACGGCUGCCGGCUCUUCGCGGUCUUCGCGUGCGACCCGAAAUUGCGCGAGGAGUUCGCGGAGGACGCGAUCAAGGUCUGCAACGUCGCCAUGGACUUUUGCGACGAGGACGCGACGGUGCAGGCCGCGGCCUGCGACUGCUUGUACAACUACGUCUACCGCUGCGAGUUCGCCGCGGUCAUCGCGGAGGACCUGGAGUGCCUCGACCGCGUCAAGGCCGCGCUGAUCAACUUCCAGGGCGACCAGGACUUCGUGUCCCAGGCCGACCGCGCGGAGAAGGCGCUGAGCCCGGGAGGCUGGCGCGGGUAA